ACACACAUUUAAGUGCAUUCACAACCCCUAGCAGUCAUUAUCGUUUGUUCCGAGUUGCUAGACAAGGAUGAAGGUUAUCGCUGCCUUUCUCCUCGCUAAACUCGGCGGAAACGAGAGCCCAACCAAAGAUGAUUUGAAGAACGUCUUCGAGUCCGUUGGUGCUGAGUUCGACGAGGCGAAGACAGACCUCUUCUUUUCUCUGGUGAAGGAUCACGACUUGGCGGAGAUGAUCGCGGCAGGGAGGGAGAAGAUGGCGGCACUCUCAUCCGGUGGGCCAGCUGUUGCUAUGGUGGCUGGAGCUGGAGGCAACGCUCCUUCCGCGGCGGCUGAGCCAGUGGCUGAAUCCAAGAAGGUUGAGGAAGAGAAAGAGGAAUCAGACGAUGGUGAAGGCAUGAUGAGUCUCUUCGAUUGAUUCAGUUUUGUUAUGAUCUGAUCUUUAUCUGUUUAAAGUGAUUAGUUGCUUAGUGUUAGUUGUCGGAUUUUAUGGUUGGAUCGUUGAUGCUGUCGCUACCUUUAAGGAUUAAUUAUUCAGUGUUUAAGACCUUUAAAUC